GCAUCCAUCUGCCUUUCUCUUGAAAUCUUGAAAAAAUAGACCAGAACGACUCUACAACCGAUACAACUGGUUGAUCUUCUGCCUCCACAGACCUUAUCUUGUGUGGUGGCCGUCAACUCCCCUCACCCGCCUCAAGACCCACGGCUGCAUCCCUUCCCUCCCUCUCCGCUGGCUGUUCUUGCUGCAGCCCAAAACUGAUAGCCAAAUCAUCAUCCCUCGCGUGGUCGGGUAAAAGCUUUGCUCCAUCCCACCAUGGUUGUCGACACUACAUACUACGACGCCCUCGGCGUGCCUCCCACUGCGACCGAGCUGGAGAUCAAGAAGGCCUACCGAAAGCUGGCUAUCGUCACCCAUCCUGAUAAGAACCCCGGCGAUGAAACUGCACAUGCGCGCUUCCAGGCGAUUGGAGAAGCCUACCAAGUUCUCAGCGAUGAAGAGUUACGCAAACGCUACGACAAGUUUGGCAAGGAGGAUGCCGUCCCCGGCGGCGGUUUCGAGGACCCCGCGGAAUUCUUCAGCAUGAUCUUCGGUGGCAGUGCGUUUGUCGAUCUCAUCGGUGAGAUCUCGCUCAUGAAGGACUUGACUGCGACAAUGGAUAUCACCAUGCAACAGAUGGAGGAGGAAGAAUUGGCCGCCUCCGCCGAGGAGAAACUCAACAUCCACGAUGAGGAACAAGCCGCUCGCGCCUCUGCCGAGGGUACGACACCAACCGCGACCGAGUCCCCGGCCGCCGCACCCGAGAAGCCCGCCGCGGAGAAGCCCGCCGCGCCCACCUCGUCCAGCUCCGGUGCUAGCACGCCCCGCCGCUUCAUGGGCCAGCAGGCCAUCAUGGACAAGUCCGAGGAGGAAGCGCGCAUGGAGGCAGCCGGUCUGUCUCAGGAAGAGAAGGAGCUGCGCAAGAAGGAGAAGAAGAAGGGUCUGUCGAAGGAACAACAGGAGCGGCUGGCAGCCUAUGAGUUGGAACGGAAGAAGGCCCGCGAGGAGCGCGUCAACACCCUGGCCACCAAGCUGAUUGACAAGAUCAGCGUGUGGACGGAGACCGACAAGGGCGCGGACGUCACCCGCGCCUUCGAGGAGAAGAUUCGCCUGGAGGUGGAGAACUUGAAGAUGGAGUCGUUCGGUCUGGAGAUCCUGCACGCGAUCGGCGCCACCUACGUGCAGAAGGCCACCUCUUUCCUCAAGUCGCAGAAGUUCCUGGGUAUUUCCGGCUUCUUCUCGCGCUUGAAGGACAAGGGCACUCUCGCCAAGGAGACCUGGACGACUAUCUCGACCGCCAUCGAUGCGCAGAUGACGAUGGAGGAGAUGGCCAAGUUGGAGGAGCGCGGCGGAGAGGACUGGACGGACGAGAAGAAGGCCGAGUACGAGAAGAAGGUGACUGGUAAGAUCCUGGCAGCCGCCUGGCGUGGCAGCAAGUUCGAGAUCCAGAGCGUGUUGCGGGAUGUCUGCGACCAGGUGCUCGGCGAUAAGCGCGUGAAGCUGGACAAGCGUGUGGAGCGCGCCCACGCUUUGGUGAUUGCGGGCAACAUCUACUCCAAGGCCGAACGUGACCCCGAGGAGGAGGGUGACUUUAUGGCAUUCGAGCAGUUGAUGGCCGAGUCAAUGACGAAGAAGGGCAAGGAUGAGAAGAAGAAGAAGGGCAAGCACGGGCAUUUCCACCACCACCAUGAGGAGGAGGCCGAGGCCACUGCUGCUUAGUUCUACUUAUGCAUAUGUAUUGAUUUUGUCCCAGUAUAAGGCCGUCUGGCUCCGACGGGAUACUUGGUUGGAUAUGGGAUGUUUCUCUGUAGCGACUGGUAUUUUGAUUUUCCCACGCGCACCGACGAUGUGACCCACCCAUACUUAGAUGGAUUUUAAUAGAUUGCUUUUGCUUGAGGAAGUGACGCGG